AUGUCGGACUGUCGGCCUGAAAUGCAGCUGCAACCUCUCUCAGAGUUCUUCUUCAUUGAAAUCGACACCUACAAUGGCAAAAUCCACCCAAAAUCACCCCAAAUGGAGGCCCUGCGCCAAUACGUCGCGGAUCAGAGGAAGCAAAAACGGCAAUACAACAAGUUCUUGCAUUCCGAUGCGUCGGUGCGCCAGAUCACAUCGGGGUGGAAGAGGGCGCCGCCGGCCAGCAGUGAGGGUGACAGCGAAGGAACCUCUCCGGCGUCUACCCCUGAGCCACAAAAUGUGAGCUGUCUGUCAUCAGCACCAUCAGAUCACUGCACAACGCAUCUUGAACAUCUCCUCGACCUGUACCUCGAGACGGUGGUGCCGAUCGCCCUUUCCUUUUCCUCUCGAUGGACCUGGUGCGCGGAUGCCAGAAGAAUCCGUUCCUGUCCAAUGCUGUUGUAUGCAGCCGCUGGGUACGCAGCAGCAUUCAUCACCGUCUUCGGAGACGAAGGUCCGAACACCGGAGGGGCCUUUACAUGGCUGUAUCUACAGACGAAAUCACUGCCAUAUCUCCGGCAAGAACUGGAGGGCCCAGUGUGGACCGAUGAUUGCGCACAGACAGUGAUGUUGUUCAUGCGACUGGCUCUGCUCCUCGAAGAGUUCGAGAUCGCCUCUAUCCAUCUGAAGGCCCUCCAGAAGAUUCUCCAUGCGAGAGGUGCAAAUACUGUAGAUAUGAAAACCGAACUCGCUUUUCUCUCUUUCGACAGACAGCAGGUUCUACUCGAACAACUUCAACGCCGGAACAGCAGCGGCACGUCGGAGGUUCAGUCGGAUCCGUGGAGUCACCGAUAUUGGUGA